CUUUUACAUAUUAUACUGUAAAGGACGGACUGUGUGAGCUUCUAAAAAGUCACUAAAAUUCAGCAAGAUGAUCAUGUUUAGUUCUAACUGAUUGAAUUGAAGAAGGCUAGUGCUAUUAUUUGUGUCUUGUUUUUCAAAUCCCUUUUAGUCAUGCUUGCUUUGAGAAUGUUAACUAUAACAUCAGGGAGUUUUGUCAUUCAAUUUUUUGUAAUUCAUGCAACAUUUUAAACAGUUUAAACAGAUCCUGUUAGUGUUUUUAUGGAUGAGUAUUGGGGUUCAGGCUAAAAGCCUGAUGUUCCAGCCUCUGGACUGUGCAGACAUUUAUAACGACAGUUCUUGGACAAGUGGCGUAUACAUGAUCUACCCUGCCGGACCGAACUCUGGUCGCUAUGUGCACUGUGACAUGUACACUGAUGGAGGAAAAUGGACUGUGUUCCAGAGAAGAAUGGAUGGUACUGUGAAUUUCUACAGAGGAUGGGAUCAGUACAAGAACGGCUUUGGGCAUGCAGCUGGAGAAUACUGGCUGGGACUUGAGACAAUUCAUCUGCUCACCCUGAAGAAGAACUACGAGCUGCGAGUAGAUUUAGAGGACUUUGAAGGCACUAAGGUCUAUGCAAAAUACAAAUCCUUUGGCAUUUCUCCAAUGGCUAUUAAUGCAGAACUGGAUGGCUACAAACUGCACGUGUCUGGUUUUGAAGAUGGUGGUGCAGGGGAUUCAUUGUCAUACCACAGUGGAUCAAAGUUCUCAACCUUUGACAAAGAUCAGGAUGCAUAUGAAGGAAACUGUGCCUCUUCCUAUGCGGGAGGAUACUGGUACAACUCCUGCUACAACUCCAACCUCAAUGGACUGUAUACAUGGGGAGGAGAACUGCAAAUCGGACUCACCUGGAGGGCUUGGAAAGGCUUUAAAUCAGUGAAAAGCGUCUCAAUGAUGAUGAGACCAGUGAAUCUGGACUAACGUCCAAAACACGUCAUUGAGAAGAAAAAGAAAAAAAUACCUUCUGUCCUAAAUAGGGAUGCAUCAAUACCAUUUUUGAAGACCAAGUAUGAGUACAAGCAUGAGUAGGAGUAUGUUUUCUGGUACUUGUCAGUACCUAUAUGUACAAUAUGAGUAACCUACUUACUAUUAAUCAAUCAGGGCCAUCAUGGAAGCUGAAUAUGUUUCCGUGGUUUACAUAUUGGCUAUAAAAAGCACAUAUAUGUAUGUUCAUGCACUGAGGCUACUAGGCUCAUACUUUUAUAAUGCUCAUUUGUCUGUCAUUUCGUGUCGUCUGUUCAGUAGUGUGAGAUUGUACACUGGAUGCUGGUUUUGGAGCAUUUUUUUUUACAAGCACGGACAGUAUCAGUAUUGAUGAAUCCCUAGUCUUAACUGUAUGACUUGAUUCCAAGAAUGUGAUUAGUACUGAUUUUUUUUGUUUGUAAUAAUAUUUUGUACGCACAUUUUCGAGUGUUAUAUGAUUUUUCAAUAAAUAUAAUUACCUAGAA